UCUGCUUAUAUAUUUGGAGAUACAAAUGUCCAGAGACAAUUCUAAGGACAGGGAAAGGUUUGCAGUCAGAAUGAGUGGAAGCAUCUCAGAUGUAGACUCGAGCAGCACUUGCUCGCAAGAGCAAAUUUCAAUUUCAAAUGACUCUGACAUAUUCAACACUGAAGACUCCAUCAGCAGUAUAGACUCAGACAGCAAGAUCUACGUUAAUCUGGCUGAAGUCCGUUCCAGUACAACUCCUACAAAGACUCUGGAGAGUGUGAGUGAAGCAUUAAUGGCCUCUCAAGGGAACGCGUAUGAAAAGAAGUCCCGCAAUGACUCACAACCACCCCCUCUUCCAAAAAAGACCCUCAACAGGACGAACUCAGCUCCGGGAGGGGCUCUGUUGGGUUCAGCGUCGACCAAGAGUCUUCCACCUUCACCUGGAUUUCAAAUAACCAACCCACUCUAUGGCAUCUAUGAAGGAAAGCCAACGUUUUGGACGAAAACGUGCUUCAGUAUGCCUUGUAGUCCACUGAACACCGAAGAAAAGUUUAAUCUUUCGGGCGCUUUCAACAGAAAAGCGGGAAUGGUAAAAGCUCGGAGUCUAGACGGGGUUACUAGUUGCAUUCCUCAGUUAGAGAUGGAGAAAUUGAACUUCCAAAUGUCAGAUCUGGAACUACGCUCCUGGAUUAACUUUGAAAAUCAGGAAGACAUUUUCAGAAAGCUUGCCUACCGAUGUAUGAUAUCCCUGAAAAGCAUUUACACAAAAUACACCAAGUUUUUUGUGGAGGAUAAUAUAUCUAUGCUAAAGUUCAGUGAAAGUGACUGGCCUGAUUUCAAGCUGUCAUUUGACAAGCCCUGCUGUCACUCCAGAGAUGCCAUUUACUACAGAGCCCAGUACGUUCGGGAGCCACAAGAUGAGUUCACAUUGAAGAUCUCCAAAGCUCUAAGUCAAGAAUCUCCGGAGAUGGAACCAAGCGGUCUCUCAGUACAGAAAAGCCUCCCCAUCCAUUUCAACGUGCAACAGGUGAGAGGUCUCUUUGUGGCCACUAUUCCAGCAAACCUCUCACCUACUGGAGAUGCAGCCUUGUGUAGCAAUACUUCAGAGACAGAAAGAUCCAACGAUGAGCCUGGCAUUACUGCAGAAAAUGCUGAGGCUAAUCCAGAGAGCGACCUGAAUAAUAGGCGCCAGCUUGUGAUCAUCACACGGGAGACUCCCUACCAAACCAUGGCUGAGUUUGUAAAUGAGUCAACGUCCCUUCAUGAGUCCCAAGCAGAUGUCUACGAACGUCAGAUAAGCCUCCUUCUUCUGCAGCUGUGCCUAGGGCUGGAACACCUUAAAAAUCAGGGUGUUACGCAUUGUGACCUACGCUUGGAAAACUUGCUGCUGGUUAAAAUGGCUGGCCAGAUGUCUGAUCCAGGGAGUCAAGCACAAGGUGACAGUCUCCAGUUGCCGAGGCUUGUCAUCAGCAACUUCUCCAAAGCUAAGCAAAAGAGCGCUGCCACUGAUCAGAAGCUCCACCCUGACCAUGCCCGUUUAGCUCCCGAAAUGAUGUCCUCAUCCCAGUACAAAAUGGUUGAUGAAUUUCAGUUAGGCAUUUUGAUCUACGAAGUUCUGCAUAUGUCAAAUCCCUUUGAGAACACUUCAAGGCAGUAUGCAGAUGAGGAGUACAAUACAAGUGAUCUGCCUCAAAUCCGCCAGUUAUCCAAUUACUCCGAAGGACUUCAAAACCUUGCCCACCUGCUCUUGCGAGCUGACCCAAAUAAGAGAAUACAUAUCCGUCAAGCAAAAGGCAUCUUACAAGCCUUACUGUGGGGUCCAUGUAGUAAAGUAUUCAGCGUGAACACUGGUCUCAAGGACCCACCACAUGUGCUGAGAAGCUGGCUCAAUAUCAAAUGCAUCUUGCUGGCGCUGAAAUUCGGAGAGCGUUUCCUUGAUGAACCGAGCCAAGUAACACUGGAAGACUGGCUUUGCUGUCAGUACUUUGCCUUUGCAACCCCUGAAUCAGUGUUUCAGGCAGUAGAAGAACUGCAGAUUCUAUUGGAAGAAACAUGUUGAAUAAGGAAACUCACCCUUAUGGCUUUAACUCCACAGAAUAGCAGAUGAUUUAGAUUAAGCUUCAUUUACUCACAAAUGUCUGUUAAAAUUGAUGAAUUUGAGUGAUGUGACAACCAUUAAUACUUCAAUCUAUUCUGUAGUGGUUUUGAGUCUAUCCCUGAUGGUUUAGUGAAUUAAACCGACCACCUUGUGUGACCCUGAAUCAUCAGAUCAGGGAGUAAGCAAGUUUUACUAGCAUGAGUUUGGUAAAUUAAUCUUGUUCAGCGCUGAGUAGGGAGCCCCUUAGGAAGAUAAAAGCACCUCAGAAAGUGAUCACUAUUAGUAAAAUUCAGCAGUAGAUGCAGUGUAUAUGUAAAUUGGCAAAAGACUGGAUCAGACUCUGCUGUGUUGGCUUUUGCAGCCAGUUACCCUGGUAACACUCGCUGUGAGAGCUCACAGAAAGAAUGAUGGUGUACGUGAGGAAUGAGGGAACUGCCGCUCUCACAUUACCAAACCCCAGAAUAAAAUAGAUGCACGCAGAAAAAAGCUGGUUAAAGCAGGAGAGUGCAUCACGUGCAGGAUGAUCUGUUGAUUUAAAUCCUAAAACUAAAUGCAAGAUGGUCCAAAAAUUGUUCAGGUCUUUAUCAAGGGUCAAGGGUCAGUUCCUUCCUCACUGCUUGCCCAUCACUGCGUGCUCCCUUGGUUUAACCCUUUGUAUAUAUGAACGUACUAAGUGGGAUUUACAAUCACUACUGUUGCUUUCUUGCACUCAUUACUAAUAUUGCCAACUAACAGAGUGUACUCUACCAAUCAAAUCUCAUUAGUCUCCCUGUAUUUUUUACUGUUGCUUGCCACAUGUAGAUAAUAACUGUGGCCACAUAUUUAAAUAACUGCAUCUGCAGCAUAUUUAGCUGGAAUAGAACAUAAAUCAUAGAACAGUACAGCACAGUGACAGGCCCUUCGGCCCACGAUGUUGUUCCAAACUAAUUAAACUAAUGACAUGCUUAACUAAACUAAUCCCUUCCGCCUAAACAGAGUCCAUAUCCCUCCAUCCUCUGCACAUCCAUGUGCCUAUCUAAGAGCCUCUUAAACGCCUCUAUUGUAUUUGCCUCUAUUGUAUCACCACCCCUGGCAAUUAAACACAGCAACGUCAAAGGAGCGUUGAUAAUAUUUUGAUCAGAAAGACUUUGGUUCAGUUGCAGUUCCUCAGUCUGGGGUUUUAGACAUUGUUCAACUGGUAAGCUGUAGACGGCAGGCUCACUGCUGAUGGAAUCUGGUGCUGUAGCUUGCCUACUUCUCUCUAUGAUGGCAGUUCCUCUACCUAUACUUCCUUAUUCUCAAUAUAUUUGUAUGUUUGCUUCCACUUUUCAUGUCCCCUUCUGUGCCUUCCCUCUCAGGCAAGGCCCAGAGACAUGCUCCCAGAAGCUCAAGGUAGUGCUGUUGCCUCAUAGCUCCAGUGACCCAGGUUCAUUCCUGACCUCUGGUGCUGACUGUGUGGAGUUUGCACGUUUUCUCUGUCACCGGGUGGGGUUUCCCCCGGAUGCUCCAGUUUCCUCCCAAAAAUGUGCAGAUUGGUUGGUUAAUUGGCCACUGUAAGUUGCCUCUGGUACAAGCAGACGGUAGGAGUAUUGAGGGGAAAUCGAAGGGCAUGCGAAAGAGAAUAGGUUACAGGGGGAAAAAUGGGGGAAUGGGCUUCACGGGAUUGCUCUGGGAACCAGCAUGGACUCGAUAGGCUGAAUAGCCUCCUUCUAUGUCAUAAAGAAACAACAUGAGAAAGGUUCCAAUUCUGGCCACAUUGGAACAAGGGGACAGGUUCCUGCAUAAACCCAGCAUCAGAAACAAGCCUGCUUGAGAAAAAGAUGCAGGUUGAAACUGUCUAGUCCGGCUCCCUUGGGACCUGACCGGUGGCGGACAACAGGAAUUGUCCCCUGGUUAUCUUCCGCUGAGCAGGAGAACUGUUCUUUUUAAGUACAGUCACUGUAGGCACUCCCCGGUCACGUCAGAGUUCCAAGAACAGUCCAUAACACAAAGUUUCCCUCAGCCAGAAACACUAUCAGCUGAGAAUGCAGAGUUGCACCGGUAGGUUAAUUAGUUACAGAUUAGUACAGAUCUUAGUUAAUUUUAGUUAGAUCUUAGUUAGAAUUAGUUAAUUAACAUAAAUCUGUACUACAUAUUCAAAACAUGACCACCGGGGUUGUCAGACAAGAGAGUUUCCAUCUGUAUUAAAAACGAAGGCACCACCUCUCACUUCACCCCCCACAUCGCUGGGAGCCCAUCACACCAGUUCUAUCGCAGAAUGGGUGCCAAGGUCAAGGCUUAAAUCAAGGAAGCUGCAGUGGGAGAGAAUCCAGUGACAACUGGCUGGGAACAAUGAAGAUCUCAGUGGGGAAACACCAGUCCCAAACAGAGAACCCAUCACCAACGUAGUAAAUAGACAACCUUGAAGUGGGUAUGAACUGGAUAGCACAAAGCACAGACUUCUCUAUACCAAUGGAAAUCCAAAUCAAAUGUCAGUUGUGUUUGCAGCAAAAAAGUAGAACAUAUUGACAAAGACUGCCUUUACCAGUUAUUUCCGGGAUACACGCCCCACAUUCAUAACCACAAUAGAUGCGGUAACCUGGCUCCAGACCUAGACAUCAAUAUAGAAGUUGCUACCACCACAAUACCAUAAGAAGAAGAGGAAAAACCUCAGGACUUCCGUAAAAACAAUGCAAACAUUCCUCUUCUGCAACUUAAAUACAUACUUGUUUUCUAACUCUGCCUGGUUCCACAGAGGGUCACGGACCUAAAACAUUAACAUGUUCUCUCUCCGCCGAUGCUGCUUGACCUGCUGAGUAUUUCCAACACUCUUUGACUUCACCUCAAAUUUCCAACAUUUGCAUUCUUUUGCUUUUUUUUCCGCUGGGCUUUGUCUCAAUCCUCCUCCAAAGUUACAGGAGAAUUCCCCCAUGAAUCUGAGCUACGUUCUCCAUCUGGUCCACCUCACCUUCCAAGAGGACAAGAGAUAUGGGUGGGGAUUCAGCCUGUGUGAAAAUGCCAAUUCAACUGAUGACCGUUAAUGUGACCUUUUAGAGUCAAUGAGUCACACAGCACAGAAACAGGUCCUUCAAGCCCCCAUUCCCAUCCUGAUCAUCAAGUACCCAUCCCUACAUUGCCACAGACGGCUGUGGAGGCCAAGUGAUUGGGAUAUUUAAAGCGGUGGUUGGUAGGUUCUUGAUUAGUAAGGGUGUCAAAGGUUAUGGGGAGAAGGCAGGAGAAUGGGGUUGAGAGGAAAAAAUAUCAUCCAUGGUCAAAUGGCGGAGCAGACUCGAUGGGCUGAAUAGCCUAAUUCUGCUCCUGUGUCUUAUGGUCUUAUACUAUUCCCAUUGUCCAGCACUUGGUCCCUAGCCUUCUAAGCUUUGGCGAGUCAAGAUACUUAAAUGGAGAGCCCUACCCCACUAGGACAGAGUGUUCCUCCAGGUGAAAAAUUCCUCCCUCAGAUCCCUUCUAAAUCUCCUGCCCCUCCCUUCAACCUACCACCUCUGGUUUUAGACACCUCUGCUAUGGGGAGAAGUUUCGAUCUAUUCUAUCCAUGUUCCUCAUAGUUUUAUAUACCUCAAUCAAGAUCCCCCCCGACCACCAUCACCACUCCAAGGAAAAUAAGCCCAGUCUCUCCACCUUCUCCUCAUAACUGAAAAGGUAAGCAGGAAAAAAGGGGGGGUAGAAAGAAGAGAGACAGGCUAGGAAAGGGAAGAAAAGAAGAGGCCUGGAUGGGGAGGUGUGGGGGGUUUGUGGGGAAUACUUAAAGUGGGAGAAUUCAAUGUUCAUGCCACAUUUCUCCUCAGGUGCUGCCUGGCCUGCUGAGUUCCUCCAGCAUCAUCGUGUUUUUCAUCUAGAUUCCAGCGUCUGCAGUCCUUUGUUUCUCAAGUGUCCCAUAUGCCUUCGCAACCAGCCAGCUACCUGUGCUGCCAGUUUCAGGGAUCCUUGCUUCUCAAUACUCCCUAGGGAACUCUCAUUCAGGGACUAUAUUCUACCUUUAUUAAUCCUCCAAAAGAGCAUCUCCUCACAUUUAUCAGAAUUAAAUCCCAUCUCCCAUUAUUCAGUCCAUUUCACCAAUUCAUCAAUAUCCUCCUGUAGCCCAAGAGUGCCCUCCUUACUGUUAACAACACCACCAGUUUUACCUUUUGUUCAGAACUGGAUUAGGGAUGAACAAGUUUUAAUAAGAGACACGAGGGACCACAGACGCUGGAAUCUGGAGCAACAAACAAUCUGCUGGAGGAACUCAGCAGGUUGAGCAGCGUCUGUGGGGGGAAGGGAAAUGUCAAUGAAGUAGUGAAAGAGAAAAGGAGAAGAAUGUGGUGGCGUUGAUUGGGGAAGAUAUUAACCGGCAAAGGGAAAAAUCAAAAUAAACAUAGAGUCACAGAGUCAUACAGCACAGAAACAGGCCCUUUGACCCAGCUGGUCCAUGCCGACCAAGAUUCCCAUCUAAGCUAGUCCUGUUUGCCCGCAUUUGGCCCAUAUCCCUCUGAACCUUUCCCAUCCAUGUACCUGUCCAAGUGCCGUUUAAAUGUUGCUAAUGUACCUGCCUCUACCACUUCCUCUGGCAGCUUGUUCCAUAUACGCACCACCUUCUGGGUGAAAAAGUUGCCCCUCAGUUUCCUGUUAAAUCUCUCCCCUCUCACCUUAAACCUAUGCCCUCUAGUUCUUCAUUCCCCAACCCUGGGAAAAAGACUGUGUGCAUUCACCCUAUCAAUGCCCCUCAUGAUUUUAUACACCUCUAUAAAAUCACCCUUCAUUCUCCUACGCUCCAGUGAAUAAAGUCAUAGCCUGCUUAACCUAUAUGACUUCAGUGUGAAAUUUUGCUAGUGUUUCCCAGUGGUACAACGCUAAUCCACUCAAUCUGUUUCAUUUACCAUGCUGUACAUUUUAUUGCUGAUGUUCGUUAUUUUCAAGUGUCAAUCAAGAGCCACAAAUAUCAUAAUGAGUUAAGAAUAUAUUAUAAUCUUCUGUGAUCGGUGUAAAAUUUAAUUAAAGAAAUG